AUGUUUCAAAAGGAAAGGGCUAAUGCAGAGAGGUUGUUGGAGCCAACUAGAGCAUCAUGGAAGAAAAAGGGGUUGAGUAUUGUUUCAGAUGGAUGGACUGAUUCUCAAAGAAGGCCCCUUAUUAAUUUUAUGGGAGCAUCAGAAGCUGGAGCAGUGUUCUUGAAAGCUAUUAAUUGUGAAGGUGAGCAUAAAGACAAGUUUUUUUUUAGUUCCAACUUAAUUAGUCAAUCAAUUGAAGAAGUUGGACAUCAAAAUGUCAUUCAAGUCAUUACAAAUAAUGCUCCCGUGUGUAGUGUAACUGGUUUACUCAUUGAAAGUAAGUACUCGAUUAUCUUUUGGACACCAUGUGUAGUUCACACACUGAAUCUUGCUCUUAAGAAUAUUUGUGCUCUAAAGGAAAUAGAGGGUAUUGCUUUUGCUUAUGAUGAAUGUCACAGGAUCACACUUUGUGUUGAUGGUGAGAUGUUUAUCAAAAACUGCAUCAUGAACCAUUCCAUGUGGUUAUCUAUUUUCAAUAAAUUCAUACCCUUGAAGUUGCUUGCUGUUGCAGACACACGUCUUGCAUCUGCCAUUGUCAUGCUCAAAAGGUUUAAACUUAGAAAGCGUGGCCUCCAAUCAAUGGUUAUUAGUGACCAGUGGGUUUCUUACAAAGAAGAAGAUGUUGGAAAAGUAGCAUCUGUGAAGGAAAAAUUAUUGAAUGAUGUGUGGUGGGAUAAGAUUGAUUACAUUUUGUCUUUUACAUUGCCUAUCUAUGAGAUGCUUUGGUUUUGUGACACUAACAAACCAUGCAUUCACUUAGUCUAUGAAAUGUGGGACACCAUGAUUGAAAAGGUGAAGGCAAGCAUCUUUAGGCAUGAAGGGAAACUAGAUGAUGAGGAAUCAAUCUUUCAUUCCGUUGUGCACAAUAUACUAGUUGAGAGGUAUUAUAGUUCAAUGUGGCUUAAUGAAAAUCUGAAUCGUGUCCCUCCUCAUAGGGAUGAAGAAAUUUCAAGUAUGAGAAACAAGUGGUUCAAGAAAUACUUUCCAAAUUUACUGGAGAGAAGGGUUGUAAAUGUGGAAUAUGCUGAGUUUUCAGGAGGUUUGUAUAUGUUUGGAGAUUUUGACUCCAAAAUUGAUAGAGGAGUAUUGGAUCCACUAAUUUGGUGGUUUACACAUGGGUCUCCUGCUCCUAUGCUUCAAUCUUUAGCAUUAAAAUUGCUUGGCCAGCCAUGUUCCUUAUCAUGCUAUGAAAGGAAUUGGAGAACCUACUCCUUUAUUUACUCCAUGAAAAGAAACAAAAUGACACCACAACAUGUUGAAGAUUUGGUUUUUGUGCACAACAAUCUUCAUCUCCUAUCAAGGAGAAGUCGACAGUACAUUAAAGGAGAAACCAAGUUAUGGGAUGUUGGUGGAGAUGCUUUUGAUUCAUUGAAGGGUGCAGGCUUACUUGAAAUUGCCUCUUGA